CUGCUAUAAAAAGGACCGUCAUCUGAAGGGCUGGAAAUAUCAUCAGUAUAUCUUGCAACCCUAUUCUAUUAUCUCUUUCUCAGUUGAAGAAGUAGAUGGAAUACUCCAACUUGCGACACCGGGCUGCUGAUAUGAGGAAGAGUCUCUUUGAUCAGGGAUACUUGGAUGAACAAUUUUAUCAGCUGGAGGAGUUACAGGAUGAGGUGAGCCCUAAUUUUGUGGAAGAAGUCGUAACCUUGUUCUUCAGGGAUUCAGCCAGACUGAUCAGCAACAUUGAGCAGACUCUGGAUAAAUGUCCCCAAGAUUUUGUCAAGUUGGACGCAUAUGUGCAUCAGUUGAAGGAUAGUAGUUCCAGCAUUGGUGCUUCUAGGGUGAAGAACGCCUGCACACUAUGCAGAGAAUAUUGUGAUGAAAAAAAUCUUGAAGGAUGCCUGAAAUUAUUCCACAAGCUGAAGAGGGAGCAUGCUGUUUUGAGGCAGAAGUUGGGGUCAUAUUUCCAGUUGUUAAGACAAGUUGGCCCUAUGGAAAUAGCUACUCGUCCCAGCAUGUGAGAUCACUUAUCGGUAUGGUGUGCAAGGGUUCAAUGAGGUCUCAAGCACGUAUAAGAUGUCUUAUUUCCAAUGUAAUAUAAAUCUGUGCUCUUAUGCAUUGAACAAGAAAUGCCAAGAGUUAGAAAACUUGUAUUAGAUGAAUUGUUGUGAUUGAUUCGCCAGUUGAUCCAACAUAUGUUUUCUAUAAUUCCAUGACAUCCAUGAGUGUAGAAGAUCACUUUGCCUC